AUGAGUGCAUCCCGUAUUGAAUACAGUGAAAAAUAUGCUGACGAUCACAAUGAAUACCGUCAUGUCAUCCUCCCAAAAGAUCUUGCCAAGACCCUUCCCAAGAGUCGCUUGCUAACAGAGUCUGAAUGGCGUAGCAUUGGUGUGCAACAAAGUCGGGGAUGGCAACACUAUGCCAUUCACAGACCGGAACCACACAUUUUGCUAUUUCGCCGUCCCCUAGGAACCGAUCCUCAAAGUGGACGGGUCGAUCCUGAAUUGGAACGCAAGGCUCGCGAGGAGUACCUUGCCCAGUACGGAGUCACCCGCAACUAA